UUGAGUGGUUGUUGAAAAAGUUUAUCAUUUCUAAAAUGGUUGAUAUGCACUGUGCUAGAGCUUGCUUUUCGUUUGCUUUUGGUGACGAAAUGCUGUUCAAUCGCGCGUAAUUGCAUAAUGGUAAUACACUGUAACCCUAAUUACUUUAUUUUGAACGUGGCAUUAAUUGAUCCCAACGUUAUAUAUUUAGCCAACUACCCGUGUUAUGAUUGUAUACCAACACAAAGACAAAUAACACAAACACAACUAUGAACCAUUCAUUUUGUCGCUGUUACGAAUGCUUGUGACAUUCUAGCGAAAACUAAUCUAACAGAAAAAAUAAAUUAAAAUAAUGACCCACUGAGAAAAUUGGCAAAGAUGACUUUUGUGUGUGUAUCUUGAUAAUAAUAUGCAAUAAUUGUAUAGGAUUACCAGGAAUUUAUUUAGAUUCUGACGCAUAUUCUACUAAUCUAAAUGUGUCAUUGUAGCGAGCAUUUUGUAAGUAGUAACGUACUUUAAAUGGAUGUUUGGCAUUUGUAGUGUUGAUGAGCUACUUGCGCCAAAGAAUUAGUACUCGACUUCCCAAUUACCAGUAAUAUCAUGUGGUAUUCCGCAAGGUUCAAGCUUGGGUCUUUUUGUCCAUAAUUAAGGCGAAUUUUGUAUAUGCCUAUGCAAAUUUCUGAAUCAUAUGUAUAUAUAUGUCAUGCAUUGUAUAACUAUUGCAAUGAAUUUAAAUGAGCAUAUGAUUAAACCAAAUAUUCAAUCUAACGUGUUCGCGACUGUACAUAGUAUGCUGCAUCAUGUAAACAUACUGCGAGAAGACGAAGAAUUAUGAGUCCAAUUUCACCAUAGCUGUGUCAAGAAGCGAAAACAAGAAACAAAAUGAUUUCAAGACUUGCUGUUUUAACUUACCUUGGUGUCUUGGCAGUUAGCAAAGCAACAUCCAAUAAAGAAUGCACCUUACCAGUUUUUGAAAAAAUAGACGUGAGCAAAGUUCCCGGUAUUUGGUAUCAAGUACUCAACUCCAAAGAUCCAGUUGAACAACAAGUACCCUGUUACGUAACGAAAGACAUGAAAAGAAUAUCAAAUGAUGGUGAAUAUCUUUCAGGAGAAAUUGUACUCGCUGUUGAAAAUGGCAAAGUGUUUUCUGAUCCUAUACCCGGGCAUGCUUGGUUUUACGGAGAUACGUCCAUCACAAUGUCUGACGAGAAAUAUGAACAUUACUUUAUAGACGAGGCAAAGAGCCACGGAGCAAAUGAGGAGGCUUUAAAAGAAGUUCACGAGUUUUAUUCCUUGCCUAUGAGUGAAGUGACUGAUUAUGAAAACUAUAUUCUGCACAUGCAAUGCUCAUCUGCAGGUGAUAAAUAUGUUUGGGCGUCAAUGAGACACAAUCAUCCAACCCCAGUGGACAUUCUUCGUAUCCACAACCAACUAGCAGAUAUUGGAGGUGGAUGGAGUCAAGUAAAAUUAUAUUUUGGUGGCUGCACAAACUUCGAAAAAAUAUAUUAACAACGGAAAACUGAUGCCAGUAAAAUUUUAGUGAUUAAAUUUGUUUAAUUAAAUGUAAUAACUUAUUGUUCAGAACUAUAACCAAUUAAGUGAAAGGGGUUUGCCAAUUUUAAACAUGGUUUAAUUCAAACUUAAUGUUUGAAUAUUUUGGUUUUAUGUAAUUUAUUUACGUACAUGUAUAUGUCUUCAGUUUUUCUUCAAUAAACAUAUUUG